GUUGAAAUGUUUACGGUGGAGGUGCUGUUAGCUGACGACUCGAGUGAGUGCUAAUAACAGUUAAACUAAAAGCCAAAUAUAUGAAGAUAAUAUAACAAGUUAGGCAUCCGCGUACAGACGCUGACAGUGAGAACUUUUGCAAGGUAGAGCUAAUAUUCCCGCGUAGCCGUCGGUAACUGCAUAAAAGGCGCGAAUAGGAGUUUGCAUAAGUUACUACAUAAAUUAAGUUGAGACAAACAUGGCAUCUUCACUGGUAGUUCCAGUAAUUGAUGUUCAGAAUGAUAAUUUUAAAGAGCUUUGGCCUGCAAUGGUGGUGGCCAUUAAAACGUCUUCCUUUGUUGCAGUGGACACGGAGCUGAGUGGUCUUGGAAACAGGAAAUCCUUGCUGGCCGAAUCUAUAGAGGACAGAUAUAAAGCCAUAUGCCAUGCUGCUCGAUCUCGUUCCAUCCUCUCCCUGGGAAUUGCCUGUUACAAGAAACUGGACUACAAGGCUGCAGACACAUACCUGGUCCAGGUGUAUAACCUCACCCUGCUGUGUUCAGAGGAGUACAUCAUAGAGCCUCAGUCAGUCCAGUUCCUGGUACAGCAUGGAUUUGACUUUAACAAGCAGUACGCCCAUGGAAUCCCUUACUACAAGGGCAAUAAUAAGGGAGGAUCAGAUGACCGUGGCGUCCAUAUCCGUGCCUUAUUCAUUGAACUGCUGCGUGCCAGGAAACCCCUGGUGCUCCACAAUGGACUCAUCGACAUGGCCUUCCUUUAUCAGAGUUUUUAUGCUCAUCUGCCCGAGCGCUUGGCCACCUUCACGGCCGACCUGUCUGAGAUGUUUCCUGCUGGCAUCUAUGAUACCAAAUAUGUCACUGAAUUUGAGCUCCGGCUCACUGCCUCCUAUCUGGAGUAUGCCUAUAAGAAAUGUAAGCUGGAUAACAGUCGCAGUGUGACGUCUGGAGGGGCUGGACUCAAUGUUCAUGUCGAGUUCUGUCAGUAUGCAGGUCACAUGUCCAGCUAUGUGGACUACAGAGCGUGUCCAGCUGUGGCGUCUCCCGAGGGACAGACUGACAUCUGCGAACGCUUCUCUGCAUUUGGCUGGUGUCCGAAUGGUAACCAGUGUCCAUUAUCUCAUGACACUGACCUGAUCAUUCUCCAGGACGAGAAAGUCACGGGGGACAAGAGAAAAAAGAGGAAGAGACAGAGAAACAAGAAGAGAAGUGGGGGUGAGGGCUCUUCCAUCUUUGAUGGUGCCCCUGAAAACAAAAUACCCCACAUGGAGGUGGAUCCCGAAGAAACACCAGAUGACCAAGGAGGGGCUGAGCCAUGCUUAGAAAGUGGACCUGUAAUGGACAGUGACAGAAACACCAAACAGAAUGAAGGAGAUAACAUGGUGUGUGAAGACAAUACAGACUUCAAGAACUCCGCAACAACUACCACAACUGAUGAUGACGAAAAUACAAAAACCAAAACAGACGAUGUUGUAGAAAGCAGAACAGAAGACAGAGGGAGAGGAAUAAUUGGUGAACACCCGUCUAAGGCUGACGAUCAGAAGAAGAAAGCUGACACAGGAACACAUCGGGCGGGGUUUGAUGCCUUCAUGACGGGAUACAUCUUUGCCUACUCAUAUGCCUCCAUCAAGAGGGACAAAAUGGAAGCUGUAGAGGAGAAGGAGCACAAGGAGGAGGAGGAGCAGUCGUGGCUUCCUAUGUGUCUCAAUAAGGUCUACCUCAGUGGCAAGGCAGCUCCUCUCAACGUGGUUAAAAGCACUUUCUCCAAAUCGUCCAAGGCCCAUGUGCAGAAGAUGGAGAUUGUGUGGGAAGGGAGAAAAUAGUGUGAAUACUUUCAUAUAGCAUGGCAAAUACACUGUAUACAUGUGCAGGUUCACAAUAUUUUUGUUUUUUAGCUAUGCCAGCAGUGUGGCUCUACAGAUGGCAAUGUCAGUCCACCACUUUGAUCUAGACUGAAUUAUUUCAACAACUAUUUGAUGGUUGCUGUGAAAUUUUACAGACAUUCAUGGUCCCCAGAGGAUUAAUCCUACUGACUUCAGUUAUCCAGACUUUUCCUCUACUACCGCCAAUGGUUUAUAAAAAAAUAUCUUGAAAUUUUGGUUAGAAAGCCAUUUGAAAAACUUUGGUGAGCCCUUUAAUUUUACUCAAGAACAUCAGGUGCACAGUUUUAAGUAUUAAUUCAACACUUCUAAAAAAACAUUCCCAUCAGCCUCAGUUGUACUUUAUCUUUAGUGCUUAUUAGCAGAUAUUAGCAUGCUAACACGUUGGUCAUAAUGGUUAGUUUAAGUUCUUGACAAAAACGUUAAGUCUGACAAUGUCAAUUUAGGGAGAUAAAAUGUCCCCCAUAUUUGUUAUUUUUUAGCAGUCUUCAGGGAAUUUGACCUUCUAAUCAAACUGAGGGGGUGGCAUUCAGACUGUCAGUUGUAAAACCAGCAAUAAAUUGCAAUGCAGAGGCACCUUUUGAUUUAGCUAGCAAGUAUUUCUAAGGUUUCCUGUGGAAAAUAAACCAAUGCUCUUUGACAAUGA